UUUGGUUAAUGUGGAAAUUAAAAAAAGUAAUUUUAUGCUUUUUACAAUGGAAUAACUGUUUUCAUUCCAUACGUCAAAUAUAUAACUUCGUCUGCAUAAAACUGCUCAGUCAACUGCUGAUUGCAGUUUGAUCGUAUUGUCUCAUCGUAGGUGCUCGUUUUACGCUCUUCGCUUGUGCGUGUUAGUGACAAAUCCGUAUGUGGAAGCACACGAUCACCUACGCUCUUUCAUCAAUACAGAGAGCUUUAUAUUCUUUGUAGGCUCUUUCGUCGAUGUUCUGGUUACAAUUAGUAGCUAUGGUAUCGAGAAAUUUUCCACAGUAUCGCGUGAAUAGCGAAGCAAAUACGUUCAAAUUACAUUCACUUCGGGUGUUGCUACGCAAAGUCCAAUAAUAAAAAUGGCCACAAGUUCUACGCAAACAACUUUUUCACAAAGUAAUUUGAGUGAAUUGAAACCACUUUUCAUGGACAAGUUAAUGAAGAAAAUAUUUCGCUUCUACGAUGAACAGUCUCUAAUUGAUGUGACUUUUAAAGUUUCUAACCCAAAGGCUUUUAUACCCGCGCAUCGUUUAAUACUCUCAGCAGCGAGUCCUUACUUCGAAAACCUCUUCAACGGGGAUCAAGGCAAUGCUCUUGUCAUCGAAAUAAAUGACAUCGAUAGCGAUAUCUUUGAGCGCUUAAUAACUUUUUGCUACACCGGAAAAGCGCUGUUUACCGUUAACAAUGUCGCUGCGACGCUGAAGGCGGCAAUCGUGUUGCAAUUGGAAGAUGCCGCAACCACUUGUGUGGAAUUCAUUAUGGCGCACAUCGAUGAAUGUACAUUACAAGGUGUGUACGCGCUAGAACGCGAAACGGAAUGUGAAAUUCUCAAGCGAAAAAUCCACGAAUACGAAAUACAGAAUUUCAUGGAGAUUAGCCAACGGGACGAGUUUCUCAAUUUUGAUAUUGAGAAAUUGCAAUGUCUUCUCGAAUCGGACAAUUUAAAUAUAGCCUGUGAGGAAGAUGCAUAUGGUGCCAUAACUCGUUGGUUUAAUCACGAUGUUUCUGCGCGUCAAGAACAUCUACCUCGUUUAGUCGCUUGCCUGCGGCUCACGCAAUUCGAUGUGGACUUCCUCUUGACUCACAUUCAGUCAUUACCUGGCUGUGAGUCGUUGGCCUUCAAGGUGUUAGCGUGGAUCAGUAAGCCCGCAGCACGAACUAAGAUAAUUGUCCGAUUUACAGAACCACGUGGGAUCAGUGCUGGGAAUUCUGCUGAGAAAACAUUACUGGUUGUUUGCAAAGAGUAUAAUUCGACGAAGUCAUGUGUACUUCAAUAUAACAAAACUGUGGACCAAUGGCAAAAAUAUGCGAAUCUAAAUGAGGAUAGUGCGAACUCUACUGUGAUUUUAAAGGAUGACAAUUUGUUAUUUAUUGGUGGAAGUGAUGCAUAUUCGCCAUUAUCCAAAAGAUUUCUCAGCUGGAAAAUAAAAAAUAAAACAUGGCGAGAAUUGCCAGAAAUGAAUCAAGCAAGAUGCAGCCAUAGUCUUGUCGAAUUAUAUGGAAAAAUCUACGCGAUUGGUGGUUGUAAUAUUGGUAAUAAAACUGUUCUGCAGUCAGUUGAAAGGUAUAAGACAUCCAAUGGUUGGAAGUUCGUGGCACCUUUGCUUAAAGCACGAUACGAUGCCGGUGCAGUGGCUUUCAAUGGUAAAAUUUACAUAAUGGGCGGCAACUGGUAUAAUGGUUACUUAAAAAGUGUUGAAUGCUAUAAUACCGAUUCGAAUAGUUGGAGUAAAUGUGCAGAUAUGAGAUAUAAUCAUGUAAAGCCUGCUAUUUGCUCUCUGGAAGAUGAUCCGUGGGGCAUUCUCGCUUUCGUAUCUUUUGACAAUAAACUAUGGACUAUUGGUCACCGCAGUGAGCAGAGAAUUACAGGAGUAGCAGUGUACGAUGAGGCAAAUGACAAUUGGGUGCGGAAGAGAUCAUUGCCCAAAGGAAAAAUAUAUUCUUGUUUUGUUGUUUCUUUGUCUUUACUGACAUCAAAAUAAACAAACAACAUUUCUAUUGUUGUUUGUUUUAAUAAACUUAUAAGAAAUACACAAAAUCUGGUUAAUUUUCGAUUUGAAAGAAGCGGCAAACUAAUUUCUGUCUAACGCGAACCAAAAACUGAACGGUAAAAGUUUGUUGUAAUUGUCAAUGCUUUCGUUCUUGUUUUGGAAUAUAUAUAUAUAAAUAAUUUUUUUGUACAUCUGUAUCUCUAGCAGUGCUUGCAAAAAUUUGGCCUUGUUUGUAAAUGAAAUAUAGAGAACCUAAUUGAAAAAUCGAACACAUAAGAUUGGUCGCAAAGAAUGGUGGAAAUAAAAUUAUUAUUACAAUCACAGUUAUGUUAAUAAGUAAAUGAAUAAAGAAUAAAUAACAAAAAACAUUAAAAAGAAAAAAAAUUGAACUGUUUACUUAAUAUAACAAAAUAGAAUAGAACACACGAAACAAAUACGCAUGCACACACACGUACUUAUGUUAAUCAAGGCAAGAACUGAUUCCAUUCGCUGUACACCAGUGCGUAAUAUGCUGCACUCUCAAACUCUAGUGAUUCUGCAAAGACUUAUCUAGCGCUGAAACGCUGAAAGCGCAAAUGUAUGUGACAACCACGUUAUAACAACUACAAAACGAAAUGUAAUGCGCUAAAUUGCUGGUAGUUCAAGUGGAUACACGAAUAGCUUUCUGUUUUUCCAUAGAAACUGGCUUGCGAAGCAACAGUCAUGGUGUUACAGCGUAAGACAAUCAGAAACUCGCGCUGAAUCGAAUGGAUUGAUGUGGAAUUCGGGGCAAAUAAUUUGCUGAAAUGUAGCUGCGAAGAUUGAGAAAGAUUGGAAUAUGAGAAAAUGGAAAACUAAUGAAAUAUUUAACGGAUUUCUGUGA